CGCUACUUGGCCACACCGUCAUUUGACGGAACGGAAUCAAAUCAUUCGAACUUUGAGAACGGUAGUGUUGUGUUGUUUUUGCUCGGCAGCAAAGUUAAAUCCGAAGAGAAGCGAGGCGAACAAGAAAAGAAGAAGAAGAGCAGGAGUGGACGACAGCGAUGCAACAACAGUGACGAGGCGCCAGUGUGCUAGAGUAUGUGUGCGAGUGCGUGUAAGCAACAACUCCCCGAUACAAACCCACGAGCGAGAGGGGGACGGCGAUAGCGACGGUCGUUUGGUCGGUCCGACCGUUAGUCGCGUCUGUCGGUCGUUCUCGCUUAUGCACCACGGCGGCAGAGCGAAAGAGAGCGCACUCUGGCUGUGUGUGUGCGUGUGUGUUCUCGCUCUCUCGUGCGGUGGUGAUAAAUUUCUGUUGGCACAAAGUAAAAAUAUAACAGAAUAAAAAAUCGUGGCGCGGCAUAUAGAAGCUAAUCGAAAAUUAUUGCAAGUAUUGGGAAGAGGUGAAACAUUCCUUUUGUUGUGAGUGCGUUUUUUUUUGUUUUUGUUUUCUUUUAAUUUUUUUUUUGGCCCGGAAACUCUUACUCGAUGAUGCUGCCGGUGUAGUUAUGUUUCGCUGUUGUUGUUGUUUCACCAGUCCAAAUGUCAGCUGUUUCACGCAACAUGUACCAUAAAAGCGGAACAGCGAAACGCAGAAAAAGAGCAAAUCGAUCCAGUCCAGGACAAGAACAACAAAUGCGAGAGAAUCGGCAGCAAAAACAGCAAGCAGAUGAAGAGAGCUGCUAACAACGUAAACAAAACCUAAACACUCAUACACACAAAGGGAGAUAGCUACAAAAACAACAACCACAAAUAAUAAGAAGACAGCAAGAAGAGGGAGAGAAAGAGAGAGGGAGAAAGUGCACCCGGGCUCAGUAGAAAGAGAGGAAAAAUAUAAGAUAAACGAUAACAGAUAAGAGAUAAAGAUUACAAAGCGACAACCACGCAUAUUAAAUAAAGCAGGUUGGGAGAGGAGGUCACUAGAGCACAGGAUUAAUCACCGCCAUGACAAUCAUACUCUUCCUGGUGGACACCUCGUCGUCCAUGUGCCAGAAGGCGUAUGUGAAUGGGGUACAGAAGACGUAUCUGGACAUUGCCAAGGGCGCCGUGGAGACGUUCCUUAAGUAUCGCCAGCGGACGCAGGAUUGCCUGGGAGAUCGCUACAUGUUGCUCACGUUCGAGGAGCCACCGGCGAACGUAAAAGCUGGGUGGAAGGAGAACCAUGCCACCUUCAUGAACGAACUGAAGAACCUGCAGAGUCACGGCCUCACCUCGAUGGGAGAAUCGCUGCGCAACGCGUUCGAUCUGUUGAACCUGAAUCGGAUGCAGUCGGGCAUCGAUACGUACGGACAGGGCAGGUGUCCAUUUUACCUGGAGCCAUCGGUCAUUAUUGUAAUUACGGACGGCGGUCGCUAUUCGUACCGCAACGGUGUCCACCAGGAGAUCAUACUGCCGCUAAGCAACCAAAUACCGGGCACAAAGUUCACCAAGGAGCCAUUUCGCUGGGAUCAGCGUUUGUUUUCGUUGGUCCUCCGCAUGCCGGGCAACAAGAUUGACGAGCGUGUGGAUGGCAAGGUGCCGCAUGACGAUUCUCCCAUCGAGCGGAUGUGCGAGGUCACGGGCGGACGGUCAUAUCGAGUGCGAAGCCACUACGUACUCAACCAGUGCAUUGAAAGUCUUGUCCAAAAGGUGCAGCCCGGUGUGGUGCUGCAGUUCGAGCCGAUGCUGCCCAAGGAGGCUGCUUCCACUACCGCUGGCGAAGCGACGCCGGCGAGCACGCUAUCCGGUAUGGGAAUAUCCUUAACGCCCGGAGCUGGUCCGCCGCCCGAUAUCGUCUUCCAGCCGGUGAAGAAGAUGAUCUACGUGCAGAAGCACAUCACGCAGAAAACCUUCCCCAUCGGCUAUUGGCCACUGCCGGAGCCCUACUGGCCGGACUCCAAGGCGAUCACAUUGCCGCCUCGCGACGCACAUCCCAAAUUGAAAAUCCUGACGCCGGCGGUGGACGAGCCACAGUUGGUGCGCAGUUUCCCCGUCGACAAGUACGAGAUUGAAGGCUGUCCGUUGACGCUGCAGAUCCUCAAUAAGCGCGAAAUGAACAAGUGCUGGCAGGUGAUUGUGACCAAUGGAAUGCAUGGAUUUGAGUUGCCCUUUGGCUACUUGAAAGCGGCGCCCAACUUUUCCCAGGUGCACCUCUAUGUACUGGCUUACAAUUAUCCAGCGUUGCUGCCCAUCCUGCAUGACCUCAUCCACAAGUACAAUAUGAGUCCGCCAAGCGAUCUGAUGUACAAAUUCAACGCCUAUGUGCGUUCAAUACCGCCGUAUUACUGCCCCUUCCUGCGCAAGGCGCUGGUCAACAUCAAUGUUCCGUAUCAGCUGCUGCAGUUCCUGCUGCCGGAGAAUGUGGACAACUACCUGUCGCCCACGAUCGCCAAUCAGCUGAAGCACAUUAAGAACACGGCCAAGCAGGAUCAGGAGAAUCUUUGCAUGAAAGUGUACAAGCAGCUAAAGCAGCCAAAGCCACCUUAUCGCCAAGUGGAGACGGCCAAACUUUGCACAGGUGCGGCGUUGCGAAGGGAUUUGGUGCGGCAUCCACUGCUGCGGGAUAUAUUUGCCAAGUUGCAUGCGGAAAUAGAGCCCGUGGAGAAUUAUACGAUUGUGGUGCCGCAGCUGACGCAUCAGUCGUCGGCCAAGUCGUAUCGGAAUCCAUUCGAUAUACCGCGACGGGAUUUGGUGGAGGAAAUAGCCAGGAUGCGUGAGACCUUCCUGCGACCCGCCUCGCUGGUGGCCAAGGACUCGGGCCACUGUCUGCCUAUCGCCGAGAUGGGCAACUAUCAGGAGUACCUCAAGAACAAGGACAAUCCGCUGCGUGAAAUCGAGCCGACGAAUGUGCGGCAGCACAUGUUUGGUAAUCCGUACAAGAAGGACAAGCACAUGGUGAUGGUGGACGAGGCGGAUCUGAGCGAUGUGGCGCCAAUGAAGUCGCCAAAUGGCAAUGGACCGGGUGGAGCGCCGCCCGGCUCACCUUCCGGAUCGGGUUCGCCCACUGGACCGGGCCCCUCGUCCCCUGGCUCGUCGCCAGGCGGUGGCUCCGGUCCCGGGAUGCCUGGAAUGGGCGGUGGAAUGUCAGGACUAAUGCUGGGCGCGGGUGGCAGUGGCGGAUCCUCCAAGAAACUUGACGGCACGUCUCGAGGACGCAAGAGGAAAGCAGGCCCGCUGCCACGUGGCUUUGAAUUCCGUCGAAUAUCUACGGAUUCGCGAUCUUCCUGCUCCAGCUCAGUCUCCUCCACGACGGGUAGUGCACCAGGAACACCAAUACUAGGUGCCACAUCAUCUAUAGUCGGCUGCGAUUCCUCCAUGGGAGCUGAUGGCAGUCCCAGUGCCAGCUGUUUCGACGACGACAGCAAUAGCAACAGCAGCUUUGUGAGCUCUACAUCGGAGGCCUCGUCUAGUGAUUCUGGGAUGUCAAUGUCGCAUUCGGAUCGCUUGGGCAUCAGUUUCGAUUUCAACGAGGAGGAGACCAGCGAUCAGGAUACACCGCUCAAUGGCUAUGUGCACAACUUUAUCAAUGGCAUCAGCGACGAUGCGACAACGGGGGAAACGGAAGCAGUUCCAGGUGGGGCUUCCCUGCCGGGUACGGCUCCAGCCAACGAACCGCCAACUGGAGCAUCACCAGCAGUUUCAGCGACACCAGCAACAUCUGUGAUUCCGGCCAGCAAUGGCAGCGAAGUUUGCUCCGCCGUCGCACCCGGCAGCAGCAGUUCCAUCAGCUCCAGCGCCAGUUCUUCUGGCGUUCUCUAUGUACCCCUCAACGGACUGACAACCCAUGCGGCCUACAGCAGUAAUCUGGGUGGCCUGAGCUCGCCGUUGGACAACCUGAGCUCCUUGGGUGGAGCGGCCGGAGGUGGUGGAGCGGGGCUACUGGGUGUCAGCAAGCCGGGAUCGCUGCCCUUGGCCAAUGGCUAUGGCCACGGUCACAGUUCAGCCAUCUCACCACCUUCUCCAUUGUCCUUGGUACCUCCAUCACCACUGGGAACAAGUACUCCCGCUCCCAGCACCUCGGGAUUAUCGUCCAGUUCCGCCUACUUCAGCCAUAAUGACAUCAACGAUGCCUCGGAGAUCUCGCGGAUACUGCAGACCUGUCACAAUGGAACCAGCAGUGGCUCCUCGGUCGGAGCGGGCGCAAGCAACAGCAAUUUGAAUGGCAAUGGCAGCACAGAGAGUGGAAGCGUCUCGUCCGAUGAGCAUGCCUCGCUGGGUGGCAACAGUUUCGAUGCCCUGAAACGGACAGCGGGAAUUGCCGGCAGCACUGCAGCGGGGAAUCCCCACUACUACUGGGCCAGUGGUCUCAACCAUCACAACAAUAACAACAGCAGCGCCGCUGGAACAGCUGGCGGUUCGGCGUUAAGCAACAAUCACAACCACCGGGGCCACAACAACAGCAGCCCCUGCAAACUGGAGGUGAAGAGCAACUCUAGCUGUGGCUCCUCGCCGACGCACAACAACGGGGGCAUGAGCUCACCGGGACAGAACCUGCCGCACAUCUUCACCGAGGAGCAACGUGAAGCUGCGCGGCUGCACAACAUUGAACUGCGACUCCAGAUCUUCCGGGAUAUUCGGCGACCCGGCCGCGACUACAGCCUGUUGCUGGAGCACAUGAAUCUGGUCAAGGGCGACCAGGAUAUGCAGUCGGAUUUCGUGGACAUGUGCAUCGGCGAAUCACUGCGCUUCCGCCGCCAUCGCAUGGCGUCCAGCAUUCAGGAGUGGUGGGAUCGCAAGCAGCAGUUAACUGGAGUGGGAACCACUGGAGGAGUGACUGCCGGCGCAGAGCAGGUUGUCGCCAAGAGUUAACGAUGGCUCAUGUGGCACCACUGAGCCCGCGGGGUCAUCCAAUCCAUCUGUCUGUGAUGUCAACAAAAUCGAAAUCGAAAUCUUAACUGAAACUGAAACAGAAACUGAAACAGUAAAAAAAACUGAAGUAUAAGUAAAAGUGGAAGGGGGGAGCAGCCGCGAAAGCCAAGAAUUCUCGUCAAUUUCCAUAUACUGUAAAUAAUUGCCAGGACAGGUAACCCAAAGGAUCUGGAUGAGGAUCAACGCCGGGGGAUAUAGCCACUAUAUCGCAUACCAAACAAGCAACAAUAACAUUAACAACAACCAACAAGCAGCCACAAUUCUAAAACAGAGAAAACACCACACUUUUAGGGUCGAUUUCUACUUAGUUUAGGGAGCUUAGAAAUUUUGUAUGGCGCACGGAUUUAAAUCCGUUCGUCAUGAGGCAAGAUACAUGUAAUUAUACCAUAUAUAAAUACUUAAGCUAGCCGAUAGUUAACGAUACAACUUAAAGUAAGGAUGAAGCGAAAGGAUUUUGUAGCAGCUGUUUCAGUUUUUUUUUUUUUUUUACUUAGUAUAACUAGAUAAGCAUAUAUUUUCUCUUGUACGUCUAAGAAUUUAGGAAUAUUUUUAAUUAGACUUUGAUGAAUUUAAGUGUAAAAGUGUAUGUGUAUAAAAAAACAAAAGGGAAAAGUUUAGGAAAAGCUUGAGCUUAAUGAGCCUCACACGUUUUAGCCAAUUAUUUGUUGGACCUGUUUCAAGAACACUUUGCUUUGAUUUUAGCCAAAACGAAUAGAGAACGUAAAAUACUGAGGACCCUGCAAAUACAAAUGUAUAUGUUCAUAUAUAUAUAUAUAUGGAGGAUAUUGCCUAGAUCGGGUCAGCGUUUCAUUAUCGAAAAGAAUUGUAUUAAUAUGUAUUUUCUUGAAUCCUCCAAUAACUUAUUUGCUAUUAUGUUAUGUUUAUUUCAUAAAAUAUUUAUGCGAAUUGUAAUGUGAGCAUUGCCUGUAGAAACAAUACAAAAAAACACAAUUAUCAUUUCAAAGGCAGGCAAAACGAUAAACGUACCGUUUGUUAUACAUAUAGAAGAACAAGAAAGAGUAAUACAUUUUUGCACUAUUUUUUUACGUGUAUGUUUGUAUGCAUGGCCUGUGAGUAAUUGAGAUAUAACAAAAAAACAAAAAUGAGAAAAGAGAAAACGUUUACUAGUAGUUAGGAGAAGGGCAGUGUUUUAGAACUGCUUCAGGAUUAAAUAAUGAUGUACAAUUUAGAGUGUGCGUAUCUAACAAAUUUCAUAAGACAUCCACAACACAGAAUCAACAGAGCAGCAGUAAAGCAAACUGAAAUCAAUACGAAAUCAAACGAAAAUAAAAA